ACUGCAGUUAAAAUGGAAAAUAACUAGUUUGUUAUCAAAAACAAGCAUCUUACACCAAUUUAAGCACAGUAGUGGAAGGUUGAUGAUUUGCAGUGAUGAGACCCUCUGGCUUUCAGUGAGUAAACACAGGUGAAGAAGCAGAUAAAUUACAGUCCUACUCCCGCUGCUUUGACAAAUUGUCAUGUUUGCUUUUCACAAAAUGAUGUAAGCACAAAACUUACCUUUAAUAUUGAAUUUGGCAUCUUACCCACGUGAAAUUGUAUCAGGCCAGUCUGCAGCACCAAGAGGCACCAAAUGUGAUGCAGUAUCAGAAUCAUUACACCGAAGGUCCAGGGGCAGAGGAUGCUGUGUCCGGGUUAUCUGUCCAAAUGGACCCAGCUCUUUACCAGGAACCUUUUUACCACAGUUACCCCCCAGUCCCAAACCAUCAAUACCAGGAGCAGGUCUUCCAGCAGAACUUCAGGGAGCAUCAACACUAUCCUGCAUUUCAGUACCAGCCUCAGUAUCAACAGUCAGUCCAGCAACAGGAGCUGAUGCUUCAGUCUUCUGACCACCCACAAACUCCGACAUCGGUAAAGAAGAAACGAGGUCGACCCAAGCAGCAGCCAGAGGACGGUGAGACAAAAGAAGAAGACGAGGCUGAGGCGGCUAAAAAGGCGAAGAGGCUUCUAAACCGCUUCAACGGCAUGUCGGUGGCUGAGGUCAUGGCCAAAACCCUCCCUGACGUUAUAGCCCACAACCUCGACAUUUUGAUAAUUGGAAUAAAUCCUGGACUGUUGUCAGCUUUCAAAGGACACCAUUACCCAAACCCAGGAAACCAUUUCUGGAAAUGUUUGUUCCUCUCUGGUCUGACCGAGCAGCAGCUGAACUACAUGCACGACCAGAACCUGCCGGAGAGCUACAGCAUCGGCUUCACCAACAUGGUGGAGAGGACCACCCCCGGCAGCAAGGACCUCUCUAAUAAGGAAAUUCGUGAAGGAGGUCGACAGUUACUGGAAAAGCUACAGAAAUAUAAACCACUGAUAGCAGCAUUUAAUGGCAAAGGUAUUUAUGAAAUCUUCUGCAAAGAAAUCUUUGGUGUAAAAGCCAAGAAUCUGGAUUUUGGUCUGCAGCCUUAUAGAAUCCCAGAAACAGAAACGGUUUGCUUCCUGAUGCCAUCGUCGAGCCCCCGCUGCGCCCAGUUUCCCCGCGCCCAGGACAAGGUGCACUUCUACAUCAAGCUGAAGGAGCUGCGGGACCAGAUGAAAGGCCUGGCCCCGGGCCGCGAGGUGGUGGAGACGCAGUACUCCUUCGACCUGCAGCUAGCUAAAGAGGAUGCGAAAAGGAUGGCCAUCAAGGAGGAGCAAGUGGAUCCCGAGUAUGAAAGCUGCAGUGGGCUUCAUAGUGAAAUGAGACAAAACAGCUGAGGCAGAGGAGGACAGGCCGAAGGCUAACUCAGAAAUGGGCUCUGCAGGCCAGUCGGCAGAUAAUAUGACAGAACAGCUGCAGCUGGAGUUGUUUGCUUAAUUAAUGACCCCAAAAUCAUCCGAACUGCUGUUUUAACAAGAAUACAGUGAAGGAAUGAAAGAAGAGGAGCUGUGUCGUUUCUGAGCUGCUGCUGGAAGAACAACAACAACACGUUUUUAACACUUAGAAAUGUGUAUUUUAUUUUAUUUUAUUUUAUUACUAUUUAAUAUUUAUUGGUUUUUUUUGUAUGUUUCCAGUAAAUGGUUUUGUAUCUUGAUAAAAAUGUGUUUCAUGAUUAAUAUUAUGUAUGAAAAAAAUCUUGUCCCUCAUUUUAGUCUGUUUUUAUUAAAUUGAUUUUAACACUGUCAUCCUAUUUGUCAGUUUAAAUGCAUCAAGUUGUUUUAUGAAGUCUAAUAUGUAAAAUAAUAAUAAUAAUAAUAUUAAAAGUAUACAGAAAAUA